GACAGGUCGCGUGCAAUGGCCAGGCUGAAUGUAACGCUCCAGGAGCGCGUGUUUAAUCGCUUUUAUAUUUGUAUGAAAUACCAAAAAAAAAAACAUCAACGGCAAAACUGAAGUCCUUAGCUAGGUUAGACUGAAUUGUCGGAUCUGUAAUCUAGCAGUUAUUGUUCAGUCUCUGGUUUUGCUGCGCUGGCCUUUAUUCAAAUAUUCAGUCAUUUAAGACAAAUUCAUCUUCUGCUUCUUAGAUGUUAUUUAUCAUUAAUAAAUGGUGAAGGCUGUCGAGGGAGACUUAUAGAUUAAAUUAUAUUCCUCAUCUCAAAAUGCGAUAAGGCGGAACUCAAGAUGGAAGACCUAAUGAAUAAAUUAAGGAAACUGCAAAAAGGGAAAACAGCUUUAGAAGAAGAGUUGAAAGAGGGCGAGUCCCUGAAAAAGACCCUGAAGGAAGAAUUAGAUGCCCUGCACACAGAGCGUUCUCAGCUGGAGAAGGCUUACAGAGAAAAAGAAGAUGCCUGUAAGACUCUGCAGUACCAGUGUGAGCUCAAAGAGGACACAAACAGGGGACAUCAAUUAAACAGUGAACAUGAGCAGCUGCUAGAAGAGUACACCUUCAAAAUUCAGGAGGCCAAGUUAAAACACAGGAAACAAAGGAUGAAGUUUGAAAAUCAGCUUCAGCAGCUGUUGGAAGAUCACAAGAAUAUGUAUUCCAUUUAUUCUCCAGAAAGACUUCCAGUGGAGAUAGAGAAUGCCGAAAAUGCCAAUGCCCAGUUAUUAAAAGCUGAACAGAUCAAGUUACUGCAGCUGAAAAUCCUCGAAGAGGAGAUCACCAGAGCAAGGGGUCUUACAGAGAAAACCAGCGAAAAUAAGGAAAACUAAUUUUAUGUAGAUGAGACGCAGCAACACAAAUGUAUUUUUUUCUUGUUUGAACAGAACAUAGCUGAACUAAUCCAGGUACUUUAUUUAGGUACUUAUAUUGCUAGUAUUAGUGUUGUUACAUAAACUUAAAAUGUUUUUUUCUGUUUAAGAGUUCAUCACCUAUUCACUGCCUUUCCCCUCACUAUAAUGUUAAUUAUACCUUUUGUGUUCUUUGCCAUAUUAAAUAAAGUUGGAGUAAUAAAUU